ACUGUCUAGUUUGUUUAUGUUUGAGUUUGAUGGUGGCGGGGUUGUGAUGUUUACAACGUUUGACAAAGUGCGAUUUUUAAUAGUCUUUUGAUGAUGUGUACUUGGAGGUGUACAUAGAAAUCUAGACGGCCUCUGCAUCGUAAUCGUGCCACUAACAAAUGUUUAUUGUGGAAAUGCAUUUGGUUGUGGCCCUGUUAGAACCCGUAAAGUUCUUGCUAUCAUAGUUGUGUGAUUUCAGUGUACAAUUAUAUAUUCGUGGAUUUGCUUGUCGAAUUCAAACCUUGGAAUAUUUUUAGUGGUUUCAUAUGCAGGAACUGGCGUUAUUAUGUCACCAAAAUUAGCAGCUUAAAGUGCAGUGAUCCUUUUAGAGACGUACUGUUGGAUGAGUUAAGCAACUUCAGAUUACAAAAUGCGCAGCUAUGAAAAGGAGGAGGUUGAGCUAGUAUUUAAUGAAGAUGACUUGCCGUAUGAAGAAGAAAUUCUUCGUAAUCCCUUUUCAGUUAAGCACUGGCUGCGUUACAUUGAACAUAAGAAAGGAAGCCCAAAACAGACUGUCAAUAUAAUUUUUGAAAGGGCUCUGAAAGAAUUGCCCGGGAGCUAUAAAUUAUGGUACAAUUACUUGAAACUUCGCAGGCGGCAGGUGAAGGGAAGGUGCAUCACUGAUCCAGCAUAUGAAGAUGUCAAUAAUGCAUUUGAACGGUCUCUUGUUUUUAUGCACAAGAUGCCUCGAAUAUGGCUAGAUUAUUGCCAGUUCCUGAUGGAUCAAUGUCGCAUAACAAGGACACGACAGCUGUUUGACAGGGCAUUGCGUGCAUUGCCAAUUACACAGCACCAUCGUGUUUGGCCGUUGUACUUGAAAUUCUUGAAGAAAUAUGACAUACAUGAAACAGCUGUGAGAGUCUUUAGAAGGUAUUUAAAGUUAUGUCCAGAAGAUACUGAAGAUUAUAUAGAAUAUCUUACAUCAAUUGAAAGACUAGAUGAGGCAGCUGUGAAGUUAGCUUACAUAGUUAAUAAAGAAGAUUUUGUUUCAAAACAUGGAAAAUCCAAUCAUCAACUUUGGAAUGAACUUUGUGAAUUGAUAUCUAAAAAUCCUGACAAAGUGAGGUCACUGAAUGUGGAUGCCAUUAUCCGAGGAGGAUUGCGGAGAUAUACAGACCAGUUGGGACAUUUAUGGAAUUCCUUAGCUGAUUACUAUGUUCGCAGUGGUCUAUUUGAAAGGGCCCGUGACAUUUAUGAAGAAGCCAUUCAAACUGUAACAACUGUAAGGGAUUUCACACAAGUAUUUGAUGCAUAUGCACAGUUCGAGGAAUUGAGUCUUAGUAAGAGAAUGGAAGAGGCAGCUAGUAAUCUAAAUCCUACAGAAGAAGAUGACAUUGAUCUCGAUUUACGUCUCGCUCGAUUUGAACAUCUUAUGGAGCGGCGAUUACUGCUUCUGAAUUCAGUGUUACUCAGACAGAAUCCACACAAUGUUCAUGAAUGGCACAAGAGAGUGAAACUCUAUGAGGGUAAACCACAUGAGAUAAUAAACACAUACACAGAAGCAGUCCAAACAGUUGACCCCAAGCUUGCAGUAGGGAAAUUGCAUACACUUUGGGUGUCAUUUGCUAAAUUUUACGAAGAAAAUGGCCAAAUUGAUGAUGCAAGAGUUGUUUUUGAAAAAGCUACACACGUUCCAUACAGUAAAGUUGAUGACUUGGCAUCAGUAUGGUGUGAAUGGGCAGAAAUGGAAAUCAGACAUGAAAAUUUUGAGGAAGCACUGAAAUUGAUGCAGAAAGCAACUGUGAUGCCUCCCAGGAAGGUUGCCUAUCAUGAUGAAUCAGAAGCUGUUCAAAUGCGGUUGUAUAAAUCCCUGAAAGUGUGGUCCAUGUAUGCAGAUUUGGAAGAGAGUUUUGGUACUUUCAAGUCUUGUAAAGCUGUUUAUGACCGUAUCAUUGAUUUAAAGAUUGCAACUCCUCAGAUAAUAAUAAAUUAUGGACUGUUCCUAGAAGAACACAAAUAUUUUGAGGAAGCUUUCAGGGCAUAUGAAAAAGGCAUUGCAUUGUUCAAAUGGCCAAAUGUAUAUGACAUAUGGAAUACGUACCUCACAAAGUUUUUGAAACGCUAUGGAGGUGCCAAACUUGAACGGGCAAGAGAUUUGUUUGAACAGUGCCUUGAAAACUGCCCUGCAAAAUUUGCAAAAGCUUUGUAUCUUUUAUAUGCCAAGUUGGAAGAAGAACAUGGUAUGGCAAGACAUGCAAUGGCAGUUUAUGAAAGAGCAACAAAGGCAGUUCUACCAGAAGAAAUGUUUGAAGUAUUUAAUAUUUACAUCAAGAAGGCUGCAGAAAUCUAUGGUGUUCCUAAAACAAGACAGAUAUACGAGAAGGCAAUUGAAGUUCUGAAUGAAGAAAAUUCUCGAGAAAUGUGUCUUAGAUUUGCUGAAAUGGAAACCAAAUUGGGUGAGAUUGACAGGGCACGUGCUAUAUAUGCCCACUGCAGUCAGAUGUGUGAUCCUCGGGUAACAGCAGACUUUUGGCAGACAUGGAAAGAGUUUGAAGUACGUCAUGGAAAUGAGGAUACAAUGAGAGAAAUGUUACGAAUUAAACGCAGUGUACAGGCGACUUAUAAUACUCAGGUGAACAUGAUGUCAGCACAAAUGCUUUCGGCUGCUAGUAAUGUAUCAGGAACUGUUGCUGACCUGGCACCUGGAGCUAAAGAUGGAAUGCGAAUGCUUGAAGCAAAAGCUGCUCAAAUGGCGCAGGGUGAAAGAAACCCACAACCAAAAGGUAGCAACAUAUUGUUUGUGCGUGGUGAGACACAAGGUCAGGAGCGAGACGGUGUGGAUAAAACUCGUAUAAGCAAUCCCGAUGAGAUUAAUAUUGAUGAAGAUGAUGAGGAUGAAGAUGGAGAAAGUGAAGAUGGUGGAGAUGAUGAUGAUAUUCCAGUGGAGAAACAAGAAAUACCAUCUGAAGUUUUUGGUGGCCUCAAGAAAGAAGUAAAUGAAAAUGAUGACUAGUGAACUUGCUAUGCAGACUGAAAUUUAUACCUUCAACUGCAUGUUGUUUAUGUAUUUUUAAUUCAUUCCAUUAAAAUAUCUGAGAGUAAAGGUACAAUGGAAUAUUUGUACCAGAUUAUGUACAAGGAAAGACACAUAUUGUAUUACCAUAAACAAGAUUAAGUGCAUAUUAUUUCCAAGACCCAAAAAAUUAUUUUACUAUGAUGAUGAAAACCUUGUAUUGAGUAGAAGCAGUGGAAUGAAUAAAGACAAUAAUACAUCGUACAAAGGAUAUGUUGAGCAGUGUAUAUGAAAAUAAAACAAGGCUUUUUAACAGACAA